AUGGCAGGAACAAACUUAGCACUUCCUUUCCUCAUGAUCAAUCUAGGUGGCGAAAUGAUGUAUAUCCUCAACCAAAGACUUAACGCCCAGCAGAUUCCUAAUGAUAAAGCUGACAAGGUUAGAGUUGACGUGAUAAAGCACCUAUUUUCUGAUGCAUUUAUAGAUGAAAUGAUGCGUCCUCAGCCUCUCUAUACAAUGAUUUCAACUCGUCAGACGUUUGAUAAGCUAGCGCAUUCUUCCAUUAUGAAGCUUCAGACUUCUUCAAUGAAUAAGCUGUUCGACCUUAUGGUGAUGGGUGUCAAAAUGCAAUUCCUCUGUGUAAAAUACCCUGAAGAAAUCUUACAGGUGACUCUUAACCAUUUAAAAGAACUCUUAGCACUGAUCCCUGGCAAUGAAGCUCAAUUGAUAAUUACAAAGGUUAUUAAUAGGGUUAAGGAAAGAUAUUUAGGGAUGAGCUCAGCCACAAUGGCAAGAAUUAGGCAGACUUUAUUGAAAUUCUUCCAAAAUAAGUACGCAAAAGUUACAUUAUUGCUGAGCCGAGGAAUUCAGCUACAGGAUGGCACUAUAAAAAUCACAACAUCAGAAGCUUGUCCCAUAUGUGAAACGCCUGGCAAAAUCAGACGGUUUUUACAAACUGGAGAAGUCGUCAGGGAAUAUACCAGGAUUUUAUCCAAAAGUGACGGAUUUAUCGCUGCAAGAUAUGAGUCAAGAUACACUGAAAAUUCAACAACACUUGGCUUUAAUUUAUAUGCCACUGAUAAGCCCUUCGCUCCGCUUCCUCCAGAAGAGCAAAAAGCGCCAGCUCCGGCUCCUGCUAGGCGAUAUGUGAGCGCUCCUGAUAAAACAAGGGUGGAAAUAGCCAAGCAUGAGCUGAAUAGUCUAGCAAGUAUGAUUGCUGGCCCUGAUGAAAAUCCUGCUGACUUUUUUGAGCUGAAUUUGAACUUUCAAAUGAUGGAGGUAGAAGAUGUAACUAAUAUAAGGCAGGUUGAGGGAAAACGCGUGCAUAACGAAGAACUUUUGAAGUUUGAAAGAGAAUUUGACGGAGCGACAGAAGCUAGCAUCAGAGACCAAGACCCUGAUAAUUUGUUAGAUCUUAUUGAAUAG